AUUAAAAAAAUUUUGUUUUAAACAGAUAUAUAUUUCUGAUACAUAAAUAAUAAUAAUUAUUUUUCAAAAUAUGCUCACUGGACUAACACCSUCCACCACCAUUCAUCAUCACGCCUAGAAAACAACAAACGAAUAACAAUAACAAAUCGACGAGAUCAUACGUCGCCUGGCGAGCGCGAUUUUGAUAAAAAUUAAAAUUUCUUAAGUACAAAAUACCUACAUUUUUAUAAAAAUUGUCUUGCUGUUGAAUCCUAUUGGAAAUAACUUUUGCGAUGGAUUCUGAUGAAGAUGCAUUAAACGAUAUAGACUCUGGCAAUGAAUCUAGUGGAGAUGAUGUGGAUUUUGCAAUGGAGGUUGAUGUGCGACACGAACGUGAAAAAAACCAAGACAUUGAUGAUUUUCCCUUUGAAGUUUUGUCCACAGACAAUAUUGUUCAACAUAUGAUUGAUUGUAUCAAAGACGUGAAUACUGUGCUUCAAAUGCCUGCUACAACAACUCGCAUUUUGUUGAAUCAUUUUAAAUGGGACAAAGAAAAGUUAAUGGAACGGUUUUAUGAUGGUGACCAGGAUAAAUUAUUCUCUGAAGCUAGAGUAAUAAAUCCGUUUAAAAGGACUCAACCAAUUAUACAGAGGCCAACAUCUACACGCAGUAGAGGUACUCCUGGAAUGGAAGAUUGUGCUAUUUGCUUUGUAAGGCUUCCAAACAAUAUGAUGACUGGAUUAGAAUGUAAUCAUCGAUUCUGUACACAGUGUUGGACUGAAUAUUUAACGACAAAAAUUAUUGAAGAAGGUGUUGGUCAAACAAUUGCAUGCGCAGCAAGUGGUUGUGAUAUAUUAGUAGAUGAUGCGACUGUUAUGCGAUUAGUCAGAGAUCCAAAAGUUCGAAUGAAAUAUCAACAUCUAAUUACUAAUAGUUUUGUUGAAUGUAAUAGACUAUUACGUUGGUGUCCAUCACCCGACUGCAAUAAUGUUAUUAAAGCCCAGUAUAUUGAUUCAAAACCAGUGAUCUGUCGAUGUUUACAUGUAUUUUGUUUUGUAUGUGGAGAAAAUUGGCAUGAUCCUGUUAAAUGUAAUUUAUUAAGGAAGUGGAUCAAAAAAUGUGAUGAUGAUUCAGAAACUUCAAAUUGGAUUGCAGCUAAUACUAAAGAAUGUCCUAAAUGUAAUGUUACUAUAGAAAAAGAUGGUGGUUGCAACCAUAUGGUUUGUAAAAAUCAAAAUUGUAAAACUGACUUUUGUUGGGUAUGCCUUGGCCCAUGGGAACCACAUGGAUCAUCAUGGUAUAAUUGUAAUCGGUAUGAUGAAGAAGAAGCUAAAGCAGCCAGAGAUGCUCAAGAAAGAUCCAGGGCCGCAUUACAGAGGUAUCUUUUCUACUGUAACCGUUACAUGAAUCAUAUGCAAUCACUUAAGUUUGAACACAAGCUUUAUGCUAGCGUUAAAGAAAAAAUGGAAGAAAUGCAACAACAUAAUAUGUCAUGGAUUGAGGUACAAUUUUUAAAAAAAGCUGUUGAUAUAUUAUGUCAAUGUAGACAAACACUCAUGUACACUUAUGUGUUUGCAUACUAUUUGAAAAAGAAUAAUCAAUCAGUUCUUUUUGAGGAUAACCAACGAGACUUGGAAAGUGCUACAGAAACUCUGUCAGAAUAUUUAGAAAGAGAUAUCACUUCAGAAAAUUUAGCCGACAUUAAGCAGAAAGUUCAAGAUAAAUAUCGUUAUUGUGAAAGUCGGCGAAAAGUGUUGCUAGAGCAUGUUCACGAAGGUUACGAAAAAGACUGGUGGGAUUACACAGAAAAGUUGUGAACUAGUCACAUAUGUCUKUGAUAUAAAAUUAAGUAUACAUACAAAAUACAACACAUUUACACAAACAUGCUUAAAGAAAUUUUAACUACCAUAGAUCACAUAUUAUAUAUAAAUAUAUAUAUAUAUAUGUUUAUGUACUAAAAAUUAUAAGUCAGGAAUUUUAAAAUAAUGAACAAUUGUAGCUUUAUUUACUAUAUAUAUUUUUAGUAAUUAAUACAUUCGUAAUUUAUAAGUAGCAAUGUCCUCGCUGUAUAUCUUAUAUCAUGAAUAUAAUUAUUAAUUUUAUUUUUUAAUUAUUCAUAGAGUUAUAAUUAUUUAAGGCUUUUUUGGUCUUAUUUCCAUUAUUUCAAUAUUGUCGAUGAGAAAAAGUAUCAUCUGCUUGACAUGAUCAUUUCUUAUCAUAAGUUUUAUCCUUGAUGGAAAAAUUUACAUUUUUAAUAAUUGCUCAUUAUUCUAUGUAAAUGUUAUAUACUUACUAGGAUGAUUAAUGUCUAAUUUCUAGUAAAAUCAAUUUGUGUAUCAGGAAACCAAAAACUUGCAUUGUCCAAUUAAAAUAAAUUUCUCGGAACAGUUUAAAUAAAAAUGAAAAUAUAUUUUCAGGGUA